AAGAGGAUAAUGGAUAAAAUGAACUCUGCUAGUUCCUGAGGCAACACAGAGAGAACGAGCGAGCGAGACAGACAGGCUGAGUGUUGGAGCUUUUGAGUACAAGGAAGGUCUCUAAAAAGGCUUUCGGAAGCGCGAAAUCUUCAAAGAGGAAUAUGGAAACAAACUGCAACAGUGGUGGCAUUAUGUGGUUUUUCAGAGACAGAGGUUUUGACAAUAAAAGUAUACAUGAAAUGUUGAAGAAAUGCAAGCGCCUUGAGGACAUGCAAAGGGAGAAAGCUUCAGAAAACUGGGAUUACUUGAAAAGCAUUGGCAUCCAUGAGAGAAAACUUCCUGCGGUUGUUGGAAAGUGUCCAAAAAUUCUCACUCUUGACUUGCACGAAAAACUUGUUCCAAUGGUUCAGUGCCUCACAACAUUAGGGACAAAGCCUAAGGAGGUUGCAUCUGCCAUAACUAAAUUUCCUCACAUUCUCUUCCACAGUGUGGAAGAGAAGCUCUGCCCACUCCUUGCCUUCUUUGAAGCUCUUGGUGCAUCCGAAAAGCAAGUGGGAAAGAUGAUACUUCUAAACCCGAGAAUCAUCAGUUACAGCAUUGAAAAAAAGCUUUCGAAGAUAGUGGAUUUUCUUGCAAGUCUAGGCCUGUGCAAAGAUGGGACGAUUGGUAGAGUUUUGGUCAAACACCCGUUCAUUAUGGGUUAUAGUGUCGAAAAAAGGUUACAACCAACUUUAGAUUUUCUGAAAUCAUUAGGUCUUACAGAAACUCACCUCCAAAGUGUAGCAUUAAAUUUCCCUGAAGUUUUAUGUCGUGAUGCCAACAAGAUUCUGAGUCCUAAUGUCACAUACCUAAGGAAAUGUGGGUUUGAAUCGAGACAGAUAGCAGCUUUGGUGGCUGGUUAUCCCCCUGUCUUGAUUAAGAGUACGACUAAUUCUUUAGGACCGAGGAUUAAGUUUUUGGAUCAAGUUAUGGGAAGACGAAUUGAUGAAGCUGCUGAAUAUCCCGACUUCUUUAAGCAUGGUUUGAAGAAAAGAUUAGAGUUGAGGCAUAGACUUUUGAAACAAAAGAAUCUAACUUGUAGUUUGAGUGAAAUGCUGGACUGUAACCAGAAGAAAUUUCUUCUGAAGUUUGGUUUUGUUGAACAACUUGCCUAAGGAAUUGUUUUCGAGAUUCUUUCUCCUGCGUCAAAUUUGAUUAUUUGUAGCAUGAAAUGAAUUUUUGUGAUGUAUUGACAUGUUUGUUUUGACGACA